UGCUGACCCGAAAAGAAGGAGGAGCUGGUGAGACCUACCCAAGCGAAGACACAAAGCAGUCGGAGGGGAUGACUGCUCGGGGACAUACGUACGUUCAUAGCAGUUGAAUGAAUAUACAGGAUGGUUAGCAUGAUCCACUGUCUGGGGAGGUUAAGGAGGAACCCAUUGCAACUGAUGCUAACCCUGUGCCUAGCGUAUGCUGUGUAUGUGCUGGGAAGCAGGUACGGUUUUACGACUGCUUCUGGUGGAGCCGAUGUUGCACUCCUGUCUUCUUCAACUAAUGGAAUGACGACGGCGUCCCCAAUACUGCGAUAUCUCAGAAUUGCAGAUAAUAAUGUUGAUGUUUGGGAUAAUUUACAUCAGUACAAAUUCUCAAUGAACUCCAACCACUGUAAGGACAGGGCCUCCAUAGUGGUGAUAGUGCAUACUGCCAUGUACAACUUCAAGAAGCGACAGAAAAUCAGGAAAAUCACAAGUGGAUCGGACGCUAAACAUGGAUCAGUACUGACUGUUGUUUUCUUUGUGGGGAAAACUAACAAUGCUUCAUUACAGACAGAAGUUAAAAGAGAAUCACAGAAAUAUCGCGACAUGGUGCAAGGGAACUUCAUAGAUUCUUACCACAAUAUGACCCAUAAACACAUCAUGGCCUUUCACUGGGUUCUCACAUACUGCAAAAAUGUGAAGUACGUCAUCAAAAUUGACGAUGAUGUCAUUUUACAUUCUAACAACGUCUUGAGGUACCUGUUGUUUAACCCUAUUCCUGCGGGGAAUAUAUUAUGCUUCCUUAUCGUGCGGAGCAAAAGACUUAAAGUCGGAAAGUGGGCCGUGGCUGAGAAGGAUUAUCCGUUCCCCAAGUAUCCGCCAUAUUGUGGAGGGUUUGCCUACAUGACAACACUUCCUGUAAUCAAGAAGCUAUACAGAACCUCAGCUAACAUCCAGUCAAUAUGGAUUGAUGAUGCGUAUGCUACCGGGAUUCUAGCUCUCGCAUCGGAAACUAAACUAAUAGAAUUGCCUAAAGGGACAAGAUUGUAAUGGGUUGACUAAACCACUUUAUGAGUGAGUGAAUGAGUGAGUGAGUAUGGUUUUACGCCGCUUUUAGCAAUAUUCCAGACACCAGAAAUGGGCUUCACACAUUGUAUCCAUGUCGGGCAUCGAACCCGGGUCUUCGGCGUGACGAGCGAACGCUUUAACUACUAGGCUACCCGACCGCCCCUAAACCACGUUAUGAAACAGAUGGGAUGUUCGUAUUGUACCGUCAUUAACUGUCAAUCAACAGAUGGUGGUGCUAGAACAAGGAGAGAUAUGAACAUAAGGGAGCGUUUGAUUGGCAUUCUAGAAGUUGGUGAGUAACUAAGACAAUGUACACCUUAAUGGAUACCAUCUUCACUGGCUCCCCUUCCCUUAGAACCAUAUUCCAAGCUAAUGGUCCCAUCCUCCUCUCCAACAGGCACCCCCCCCCCCCCCCCCCCCCCCUCCCCCAACACACACACACACACACCCCACCCCCUCCCGAAGGCGUUAUCUAUAAGAUUAAUUGUGACUGUGGUGACGCGUACAUUUGUGAAACCUCCCUCCCAGUAGAUACCCGCAUCAAAGAACACAAGACUUCAGCAGCCAAAGCAGACAACUUGGCCCUCUCAGACCACCAGCAAAAAUUCCUUAGCCAUCCAAUUCAUUUUGACAAAGUCCAAAUCCUCUAACCAAACAUCAGGACUUCACCAAAAGAAACAUCAAAGGUAUAGAAAUCCGCCGACCCAAACAUUUGAUCAACAGAGAUCAAGGGUAGUACAUCUCGUCUGCCUAUGAAUAUCUAAUCAAGCCAUAGACUGUUUUAAGUAGGGCCCAAUCAGCUUGUCACAACUGUAUAUCCCUUUUAUCCUAUUUUCACUGUAUAUCUGGCUUCUCUACCCGUGUGCUUCAUUACCCGUGUGCUAUUUGUUAUUCGUACUGUACAUUUGGCUUUAUCCAAUUAUCUGCUUGUUAUCUGUUACCGUUGUUGUCUAUGUUAAUCUGCUGCUUAUCACGACAUGUCAUGCAUAUAUACCUCUCAUGUCUACCUUUAUGUAUGUAUGUAUGUAUGUAUGUAAGUAUGACGUGGUGUGUGGGCGGCGCAACGCGGUGGGGGGAGUUAAGGGGGAGCGCACUGUUUAACUUAGGACUUUCGAAGUCAGUUGCCCUGUAUCCUGGCAUUGUGGUGCGCUCCUCACUGAAACCGCCCACGGCCGUGCUCCGCGCCUGCAUCACGAGGUAUGUAUUUUUAUUCUGUUUCAACUGAAUAGUUUUAUGAUUGAUAUGUUUUUAUAGUGUCUCGUAGGUCAUAUUUGGCCGGAUGUUAUAUUUUACUGUUUUGUAUAUAUCGUAUUACGAAGUGUAUAUAACAUGUGACACUUUAAUAAACAAUAUUCUCUCUCUCUCUCUCUCUCUCUCUCUCUCUCUCUCUCUCUCUCU